AUGAAUACAAUUUAUUCUCAUCAUCAUAAUUUACCAUUCGAAAUUUUAUUAAUAUUAAAUAAAAAUUGUACAUUAUAUUUACAUGUUAUUCAUUUAUUAGAUCGUAAACAUACAUCAAUGUAUACAGUUCAACAAGAAUUGAAUUAUGAAAAUAUUUCACUCAUUAUUCAUUUAUCAAUCAAUAUCGUCGAUGUUAAUGAUCAUAUACUACAAUUAGAAAAUAAACAUUAUCAUUUUAUUGUACAAGAAAAUAUUCUACCAGGAACAUUUAUUGGACGUGUACAAGUCUAUAAUGCACAAGUUUUCUUUGAUGGUUAUAUAUUCUAUAUAUUAUAUGGUAAUGAUCUUAUACAAUUAGAUAAUCAAAUAGUGUUUCGCAUUGAUCAAAAUACAGGAGAUAUCUUUCUAUUUGAUUAUGAACUUGAUUAUGAAAUAAAACGAGAAUAUAAAAUUAUGGUUGAAGCAAAAGGUUAUUAUGAAGAUAUUGCAACCGGUAUGCGGACAUAUGUAUCAUCGUUUGCAGAUAUUAUGAUUACUGUUGAAGAUGUAAAUGAUGAAAAACCACAAAUUAUUUUUAUUAUGCCAGAUGAAAAUAAAAAUGAAAAUAAUGCGAAAACUAUGAGUAUAUCAGAACCACAGUUAAAUGAAGAACAAAAUCGUUUCAUAAAUUUAUUUCGUUCAAGUAUAAAUCUUAUUGAAAAUGAUGCUGAAAUGAUUUGUUUAACUAAAGAAGAAUCUUUACCAGCCAAUACUCUUCUUGCAUUACUUCAUUUGUAUGAUAAUGAUCAAAUAUCAAAUGGAAGUUUAUCACUGAAUUUACAAACAUAUGUUCAAUGUUCACGAGAAGAAAUUUUUCUAAAUAAUAUACCAUUUUGUCAUCUAUCAAAUUUUUUUCAUUUAACUAUUUUUCGUGCAAAUGUCUAUGGUCUAUUUAAUUCUCGAAUAUUAGAUCGUGAAGAACAUGAAAAUUAUAUAAUACAUUUAGUAGCAAAUGAUAAUGAUAAUCAAUCAAUAGAAAUGAAUACAGCAUCCAGUUCAUUUCAAUCGGAAUUAUUUAUUUAUUUAAUACUUCUCGAUAUAAAUGAUAAUGUUCCUAUAUUUGAUCGAACUUAUUUUUAUAUUAAAAUUGAUGAAAAUCUACCAAGAAAAACAAUUAUAACUCAUUUAAAUGCAUAUGAUAAUGACAAAGGUAGAAAUGGAACUGUUCAUUAUGAACUUAUGGUUAAAAAACAACAAUUUUUUUCAAUUGAUAACUACUCAGGAGUUUUACGUACUAAACGUAAACUUGAUAGAGAACAAUGCCAAUGGUAUCGUAUAGGCAUACGUGCAUAUGAUCUUGGUUAUCCAAUACGAAGAUAUUCAUCUAUAGUUAUAGUUGAUGUAGAAAUUAAUAAUAUAAAUGAUCAUGUUCCUUAUUUUACACAAGAUAUCUAUUAUUUCAAUAUAGAAGAAAAUACAUCAAUAGGUAAAAUAGUUGGAAGAUUAACAAUUGAAGAUAAAGAUGAACAAGAAUCAAUUGAACAAAUGAUCGAUUUGUCAACUAUUGAUGAUCGAGACAUUGCAACAUUCAACUCAAACAUAUCAAAUAAAAUAUCACGGUAA